AUUGUGAAGUGUACACUCGGAAGUGUACGUUGUCUCGCGUUGUUUGACGCCGAACAAUGUGCCAGUAAAAGGGCGCAGCAGGACAGGGAUGUAGUCUGCCGGUGGAGAAAGCCUUGCUGUUCUGGUUUGUCCUGUAGUUCUGUGUUUUCCAACAAAAGGAAGUAACUUUUAAACCGUCGAAAAGGUAUAAGCUAACUUGGUAGAGGAAAUCAAAAGGUGAAGUUAUUUACAUAUUUCAUUCCAACAGGUAACUGAAAUUUAUAUACAAACAUGAAUAAACUGGAGCAUUUGGACGGUUUUGUGAACAAAGUAUGUAGCGGCUAAUAAUUUUGUGCUGUUAGCUAAGUAGUUAGCUUUAGUCGAUCACUUCAGUGACUUAAAAAGUACAGACCCACAGUGCUACGGACGCAAUAAGGCAUGGAGCCUCAGCUGUGGUGCUGCGAGGGGGAUGGGCCUCCUAUACCGAGAGCCUACCGAGACUCCAACCUGUUGACUGACCGGGUCCUGCACGCUCUGCUGCGGGUAGAAGAUAUGUAUCUCCCCGCUCCUAACUACUUUAAAUGUGUCCAGAGAGAGAUAUCUCCGUACAUGAGGAGGAUAGUCGCUGCUUGGAUGUUAGAGGUGUGCGAGGAGCAGAAAUGUGAGGAGGAGGUUUUCCCCUUAGCUAUGAACUACAUGGAUCGCAUCUUAUCAGUGGAACCCACGAAGAAGAACCAUCUGCAGUUGUUGGGAGCUGCCUGCAUGUUCCUGGCAUCUAAACUAAAGGAGACAAUCCCACUGACUGCAGAGAAACUCUGCAUCUACACUGAUAAUUCAGUCACACCUUCUCAGUUGCUGCAGAUGGAGCUGCUGGUUUUGAAUAAGCUGAAGUGGGACCUGGCUUCACCCACCCCUCUUGACUUCAUCGACCACUUCCUGUCUCAGCUGCCUGUCAACAAAGAGAACAAGUCGAUACUGAGGAAGCACGCUCAGACCUUUGUUGCACUGUGUGCCACAGAUGUCAAAUUCAUAGCCAGCCCCCCAUCCAUGGUGGCAGCAGGCAGCAUGGUGGCAGCAGUAGAGGGCUUACAGAUGAGAAUGGUGGGUAACGCCAUGAUGUCUCAAAAACUGACAGAACAGCUGGCUCAGACCAUCAAAAGUGACCCGGAUUGUUUGAGAGCAUGUCAGGAACAGAUCGAGUCUUUGCUGGAAACUAGCCUCAGACAGGCACAGCAGCAGCACUCAUUUGCCAUGGAAACUAAGAAAAUGGGAGAGGACCACUCAGCGACGCCCACAGAUGUACGAGACAUUAACAUCUGAGCUCUAGCAGUAACGUUGCUGGAUGAAGAAACAGAAGCAGAUGAAUUUGAUGAUCGUAUAAGACUCAUAAAAAUACACACGUCAUGGAGCAUUCAUAAGUAACUGGACUCAACAGUCUGUCACAGCUGUUCAUGUGAAGUCAGUAUGAACUGUGGCAACAACCGUAGCGAGAUUCUCAGCAGACGGCGUUAUUUGCAAAACUGGAAUUAUGCUAAUGCAGAUGAAAAGGCUGAAAAAGUAAUGUGUUACAUACAGUGUGUUGAUGAAUGCAGGCAGGUAGGUGUUCAACCGGGGUGAAUAUUUCCCUUUAAGACCUGCUCAUGUAAGCACUGAGUAAAUUCAAGAUGGAUCCACAAAGGCCUGCAGGGCCUUUUUGAACCUGCACCUCCUGGCAAAGUAAAGAAUUUGAGCUUCAGGGGCUAACACUAAUUAUUUCUUUUAAACAGCUGUGAAGCUCAAAUGUAUCCAAAUUUUAAGAAAAACACAUCAAGGCACCUCUGUAAAUCAGUCUGUUUAUAUAAAUGAAACAUCCUUUUAAAUAUGUGUGGAAAUUAUUUUUCAUGGCUUUUUUUUUCCUGACUGUUUCCAUUUCAAAUUACAAUAUUUCCUUCACAUUACAUGUUAUUUAUUAAGGUCUUUUACUGCAUUAUACAGUAAUUUGAUGUCAUGAGUCUCUCUUGUUGAAUUCAGUAGGUGAAUUUAGAGAGGUUGUCUAAAUGUGAGUGUAUUUUAAGUAGAAUAAUAUGAGAAAUGACUUGGACAUUCAGGUUUUAAACGUAAGGUCUGAUAAAUUCAUACAAAUAAUAAUCCUGAAUAAGAUGUAAUACGAGUUUAUUACAGGGCAGUCCUUUGAUGGACACCUAAGUGGUAAAUACCAGUAGUUUACAAUAUGAUCUUUAGUUAUUUGCUUUAACAUAUGACGAAUGAAGUUAUUGUUCAGCUUUAAUUCCAUGUGAACACUGAUUUUCUUGAGUCAAGGCCUAAAAUGCCCCCAUUGUAUUUGGCUAAUAAAAUAUACUAUAUGUACCGUAAAAUGAUCUCA